AUGGGUGAAGCUGCAGCCAAAGCGCUGCAACCUCCGCUACUCUCGGAAGUGGCCCCGAGAAAACCACACCUGCCUCUGCAUCCAGGAAGAGACAUCAAACCUUCCCCCAAACACGGCACCGCUCCAGGUAUAACCAUGGCUGAGACAGAGAGCAAGACUGAUGGGAAACCUGUCCCAGUGAAGACCCCCCAGGCUGAAAUGAUCCCAUACAAGAUGUUAAUCUUCGAGCAGGAGAACUUCCAAGGCCGGUGUGUGGAAGUGACCGGAGAGUGCAUGAACGUGUGUGACAUGGGAUUCGAGAGGAUCGGGUCCAUGAGAGUCGACUGUGGACCGUGGGUUGUUUAUGACAAAUGCAAUUUUUCCGGUGAAAUGUUCAUCCUGGAGAAAGGGGAAUUUCCUCGUUGGGAUUCCUGGUCUAACAGCUCUAGAAAUGAGUACAUCAUGUCAUUCAGGCCCGUCCGUAUGGACCCUCGUCAGCACAAGAUUUGCCUGUUUGAGGUAGCCGGAUUUAAGGGUCGAAAGAUGGAGGUUAUUGACGAUGAUGUCCCGAGUCUGUAUUCCUAUGGAUUUACCAAUCGAGUGGGCAGCAUUACAGUGAGCUGUGGGACGUGGGUGGGGUAUGAAUACCCCGGUUAUCGUGGCUACCAGUUCCUCCUGGAGAAGGGCGAGUACCGGCAUUGGAAUGAAUGGGGAGCUCACCAACCCCAUAUCCAGUCAAUGCGCCGAAUUCGGGACCAGCAAUGGAACACCCAAGGGUGCUUUACCAGCACCAACUAG